CUCUGUGGGGGACUCUGCAGGCGAUUAAAACCAUAAAAACCCAAUUUCCAUUAAAACGACUUUGACCAUCCUUCCUUCUCUGCCUUUCGGCCCUUUUUCCCUUGCCGUGCGGUGCAUUACUGAUAGCAAAAGUUGAUUUAAUUCUAAAUCAAACACUUGGAGAAAUACCAUUCCAUUAUUUCUCUGUCACUCUCUUUUUAGAAAGGUCUAAAAAAGGUAACAGGAAAAUUGAAAGUAAUCCAGUCUCACGAUUUGUGGAUUAGGAAUAUUAUUUUAUACCUCAAAUUACUUUAAAAAUCUGCACCAACUCCAAAUCCUUCGUUUGUUCACUAGUUGGGGUCUUGCAAAUUCCUACUUUAACUACUCCCUAAGACCCUAACGACCCAUUAUUUUCUUCUUACUCUAUAAAAUAUUGAGACGCCAUUCUUUUUCAAUGAGUCAACUUUCUUGAUUACAUUUUACACCAGUCAAAAUAUUCCUCUUUAAUUUCUUCUAAAAGUCUGUUCAACCCCACCAAUUGUACCAUCAUGUCAAGUAUGUUGGGUUCACAAGGCUUGGUCUUAGCAACAGCCAUGGCUGUAUCUGCCGGCACCGUGAUUUUACUGGAUCUUUUCCGGGUCAAGUACUACCCACCCGAAAAUCAGAUUAUCAGAUCUUGUCUAUCUUCAGCUGGAAAGAACAAAAAAAAGAAGAGAGUUCAUUUUGCAGCUGAUGUGAAAAGUUCAAGCAGCAAUGGUGAAGAGUACAGAAGAAAACACAUGAGGAAAUUUACAGAAACUCGAGUUAAUUCUUGUGGGAAUGAGAUUGUGGGUAUGCCAGUUAAUAGGGUGGCUUUGUAUAAUGGGAUUCUCAAGGAUCGGGUGCAACGAAUGGAAUUCUCUUAUUGAAGUAUUGAUCAAUUUGUAUUUUUCGUUUAGCUUCGUCUUCUUGCAAUGCAAACAGAGUAAUUAGGAUGAAGAAAUUGUAAAGGCUUCGCUGUAACUUGUAAAUAAUGAUGUGUGGACAUGUUUUCUGUACAUGAAAUUUGGAACUCUGUUAUAUUUUCUGGAAUCUUCAGUUAAUGAUUAGUAGUUAGUUGUCUUU